GUUUAAAAUUUUGGUAGAGUUGUAGUUUAUUGAAAAUGGCAACACCGCCUUUCUUUCACUUCAACAAAUAAAAAAGUGUCGGGAAUGGCUGACGCACCGUCGACAGCGCCUAAGGCGAAAACGCCUAAAACAAAGGCUCCUAAGGAGAAGGCCGCUAAGGCUGCUCCUGCGGCACCGGCCGAGCCCGCCAAGGUGAUCCGCAAAGUGAACUCCAAACCUCGUCAUGGCAGACUUUAUGCUAAGGCUGUCUUCACAGGAUACAAACGUGGUCUGCGUAACCAACAUGAAAACACAGCUCUUUUGAAGGUGGAAGGUUCUCGCAGCAGAGAUGAUGCCAUCUUCUAUGCCGGCAAAAAGUGUGUUUUUGUAUACAGGGCUAAGAAGAGGACCCCCAUCGCUGGCGGUCCCCGCGGUAAGAAGACGAAACUGCGCGCCAUCUGGGGCAAGGUGACGAGGCCGCAUGGUAACUCUGGCGGUGUACGCGCCCGCUUCAAGUCCAACCUGCCCGCGCACGCCAUGGGACACAGGAUACGUGUGAUGUUGUAUCCUUCAAGAAUCUAAGAUCACCCAUUUAUUAUUAAGCCUUAAAAUAAAAUACACAAAAAAAAUACAA